AUGAUGUGAAGCCAAAACUACUGCUAAACUUUUCAGUUACAUGAAUACCAAGUUCUCUAUCAUUUAGCUAGUUUAGACCAGGGUUGUUAUGCAUGAUAGAGCUGCCCUAGACUCCCUUCUUGCAGGUGAUGGUGGCGGUUGUGCAAUAGCUAACAUUUCCUGUUAUAAUUGUAUUACAGUCUCAGUGGAACAGUCAAUACUGAAAUUUAGGAAGAAAGCUACAAAAUAGAUUUUACUUAAAACUCCUUUACCUACAGACUAUUCUAGGUCUGACAUCCAAAUUAGAUAGGCUGAACUUCAGUUAUCUGCACUGUUUCCACAGGUGUUGAGAGAGAUAUACUCUCAGACUUUACACAGGUACCAAAUCAACCAUGGCAGGAAAACCAUUAAUCAAGAUUUGAUAGUGCCUAUUUGCAAUCAGGAGAAAAAAACAAAGAACACCUCAGAUUAUAAAAGCAGGCAAAACCCACCCAAAAGACCUAGUUAGGCACAAUGUUGGCGUUCUUGAUUCUUGUGACUGUGACUCUAGCAUCUGCUCAUCAUUCUGGUGAGCACUUUGAAGGUGAGAAGGUGUUCCGUGUCAAUGUUGAAGAUGAAAAUGACAUCAGCUUACUCCAUGAGUUGGCCAGCACCAGGCAGAUUGACUUCUGGAAACCAGAUUCUGUCACACAAAUCAAACCUCACAGUACAGUUGACUUCCGUGUGAAAGCAGAAGAUAUUUUGGCUGUGGAAGACUUUCUGGAGCAGAAUGAACUACAAUAUGAGGUACUCAUAAACAACCUGAGAUCUGUGCUAGAGGCUCAGUUUGACAGCAGAGUCCGUACAACUGGACACAGUUAUGAGAAGUACAACAACUGGGAAACGAUAGAGGCUUGGACUAAGCAAGUCACCAGUGAAAAUCCAGACCUCAUCUCUCGCACAGCCAUCGGAACUACAUUUUUAGGAAACAAUAUAUACCUCCUCAAGGUUGGCAAACCUGGACCAAAUAAGCCUGCCAUUUUCAUGGACUGUGGUUUCCAUGCCAGAGAAUGGAUUUCCCAUGCAUUUUGCCAGUGGUUUGUGAGAGAGGCUGUUCUCACCUAUGGAUAUGAGAGUCACAUGACAGAAUUCCUCAACAAGCUAGACUUUUAUGUCUUGCCUGUGCUCAAUAUUGAUGGCUACAUCUACACCUGGACCAAGAACCGAAUGUGGAGAAAGACCCGCUCUACCAAUGCUGGAACUACCUGCAUUGGCACAGACCCCAACAGAAAUUUUGAUGCUGGGUGGUGCACAACUGGAGCCUCUACAGACCCCUGCGAUGAGACUUACUGUGGAUCUGCUGCAGAGUCUGAAAAAGAGACCAAGGCCCUGGCUGAUUUUAUACGCAACAACCUCUCCUCCAUCAAAGCAUACCUGACGAUCCACUCAUACUCACAGAUGAUACUCUACCCUUAUUCCUAUGAUUACAAACUCCCCGAGAACAAUGCUGAGUUGAAUAACCUGGCUAAGGCUGCCGUGAAAGAACUUGCUACACUGUAUGGCACCAAGUACACAUACGGCCCAGGAGCUACAACAAUCUAUCCUGCUGCUGGGGGCUCUGAUGACUGGGCUUAUGACCAAGGAAUCAAAUAUUCCUUCACCUUUGAACUCCGGGAUAAAGGCAGAUAUGGUUUUAUCCUCCCUGAAUCCCAGAUCCAGGCAACCUGUGAGGAAACAAUGCUGGCGAUCAAAUAUGUUACUAACUAUGUCCUGGGACAUCUGUACUAGUCUGGAGUGCUAAAAGCCUUAUUUCUAAAUGUUGACUCCUGGUUUCUUUUCUUAUCUUGAAUUCCUACUUUUGUUUGCUUGGAUGUUUUCCAGAUCCUAAUCUUUCUUUUAAGCUCCUGGUUCUUCUAAACUACCUGGAUCUUUACUACUGAUCAUAAUAAAAGAGAAUCACUAUAAUU